AUUACUCCCUUUGCUGUACAUGCACACACUGUUCUUCGUGCAGCGAUAUUCCGAGAUUCUUAUUAUUGGCGUCUUACCAAUAUAAGCAUAUCUUUUUCAGGCAAACUAAACAUGGCUAUCAACAAUCCAUUUUUUACAGAAUCAGCAACAAAAGUGGUGUUCGGGCAACGCAGUAGGCUUCCAUGCUCAAUAAUCCCUGGCUGAAGAAAAUAUUUGCAUUAAAUAGAGUCUGCAGGAAUGGUGUGAACCCCAUGACGACUUUAUCGGCGAUAUUAGAAAUAAUCCAUGCCUAAAACACAAACAAGCUGCGAGGUUGCAGUAUGUUGACUUCAUUUUUAUUCUCUGUUCUUUGGCAAAUUGAUCGAUAGUAAUUUCUUUCUGCUUUAGAGGAUUUAAAACAUUUAAAACACUUAUCUUUUAUUUAUUUGCCAAUAAAUACAUUCAAAAAUAACAUUGUUUGCAUGGAUUGUACAUAUUUGGGUUUUCGAUGUCCUUUAAAUGAAAUGCCCGUUUUGUUACGGUAUCAAGCGCAAGGUCACAAUGCGUGAGAUGAACAAAUUAAAGGUUUCUUCUCUCAUUUUAAAGGAAUAGAGACAGCAGUUGUGUAUUACUCUUCUUUAUUGUCACCGGGGUUUCUAUGGCUGUUAUUUGCAGCGUGGGGUGGUACUGUAGCGUGAAGCCAAGUGGAACUUACGCAGCCAGAUUAAGGACUCAAUACAUAUAAAUAAUAUUCCCCUAAGCGAUGACUAUGCAAUAAAAGGUGAUACAAGAGAGAGCUUUUUCCUAUUCAAGAGUGUUCCACCUCUUAAAGUGAAUGUCUUUUUGUUUUAAUACGAUGAAAUCCAAUUCUUUCCUCCCUCACUGCCACUUGUUUUAGUGCUUCACAGUUAUGUCAAUGAUGAAGAGAAAGUAAUACUGGUUAAGAAAUAAAGCUAAUCAAAAGGAAACUUUGCAUCACGCAAAUCAUCUGAUAAUGGCUUGAGAUAAAAGAAAUUCUGUUUUGACUCAACAAUACAUCUUCUUUUGCGUCGUAUCUUCAUCAAUAAUCAUUAUUUUCGAGUAGACAGACGGGAAAACAAUACGUGUCUUAUCUUGGGAAGUACGAUUUUUAGGUUUGCCGCGACAAGUGAUACAAUGCCUUCUAUUUGCGCUAAUCUAAACCAUGUUAGGCCUCAUUAUAUCUCUGACAGCGUCUACACUCUCGGUACUCUUAGCUGUUCUGUGUGUGGUCAUCCCUUUCCCAUCAAUUCAUGCGCGCGAGUGCAAAUGAGCUGUGAAGCUUGUGGCACCUUACACCGAGACACAAAUGCUACAAUUUCACAUGUGCCUUCGGUGUCAUUUUCACAUGCAUCUGCACUGUAUGCAGCGGCUCGCCUCUUUACGCAAGACACGAUCAAUGCGUUGGUGUCCCACGUGAUGUGUUCCCUCAAUGUCAAUGCUAAUCCAACAUGUGGUGAAGGGACUGCCGGCGAGACAGUGGAUGGAUCUCCAGUUCAAGGCAAGAUGCAGGUGGGCAUUACCGAGAUCGAUAAUCGUGUCAUUGAAGAGGCUCUAUGCGAGGGCUGUGGGGAGCACCGCCCGUGCAAAACUUUCGCGCGGCAAACUCGGAGCGCAGAUGAGGGACAGACGAUUUUCUUUCAAUGCACAGUGUGCAAAUUGGAAUGGCAACAAAAUUCUUAGUAUGUGUUACUAUAGAAAUUCAAGCAAAGGAGUAGUUCCUCAUCCAAUCUUUUCAUCACUGAAUAAAGUUAUGGCGAACGUAGUUCUUUCCUAGAUCGCUGCAAACGGAAUUCAGUUUCGUUGUCUGGGUGUACAUUAAAUUUUAAACGAGUCCUUGUAGUGAAAAAUAAAUAUUAACGACCUAAA